AUGGAGGACGACGCCCUCGCCGGGAACAGGCUGUUCCUCCUCGCGGGCGAGUCUCUCAAGGUGCCCUUCAAGUUUCAGUCCUUCGACGCGGAGCCCGCCAAAGACUCGGAUUCGAGCGACAUCAAACGCGGCGCACCGGACGAGGGUCUGCACCUUCGGUCCAGGGCCGUCGCCGUGCACUUCGUCAACGCCGACGACGGGACGUCCGCGUCGGUGCUCCACGUGGACAUCCGGCCGAGGGCCAUGACGGUGGCGAGGACGUUUAGGUUCCAAACCGCGGAGAAUGAGUUUUUCAAGGAGCGACUGCCCCCGCCGCCUGGCGUGGCGACGCGGGACGCGAGCGGCCGGGGAUGCCUCGCCGUGCGCGCCUCGGAUCCCGCCGUCGCCGCCACGGUGGUCACCACCGAGUCCGAGGAGGACGGCGAGGUUGACGAGGUUGCGUUGAGGUACAAGUGCGGCGAGGGCAGUGUCGCGUUUUACGUCUGCGUGUACGCCGACUCGUUCCUCGGUAAACUCGCGGCUGUUUGGCGAGUGUUCGUGCACGCCACGCCCAAGGUGGACGUGUCGUCGCUGGUGGGCCAGUCGAGCCACGCGAGUGUCGUGGUUCAGGGGGGCGUCGCCACCCGCAGGGUGGCGGCGUUUUGUUCGCACCCCGACGAGCUCCAGGUUUCCCCCGACAGGCUCACGCUGCCGCCGGGCGCGCUCACCGAGUUACAGCUCGCGUUCCGACCGCUGAUACCGGGCAGGCUGGACGUCGCCGUGCACCUCGUCGACCUGGAGAAGGGCGAGCUGGUGCACUCGCGGUUGGUCGCCACGGACGCGAGGGGGCCGGUGGUGAGCAAGACGUUCGACGUCGACGCCGCGCCCGGAGCUCGAGCGCACAAGAAGAUCACGUACACCAACCCGUACGCGAGACCGAGGACGUUUCACCUGCGAUGCACGCAUCCCCUGCUGCUGCACUUCAGGCCGGACAGCCUGCACCUGCCCGCGGGUGGGUCGAGGCCGAUGGGACUGACGUUCGAACCGGCGGAGGAUUGGGAGAGGGCGACGCGGGGCGCGGGUGGGGUUCGAGGCGGGCCCGCGGAGGUUUUGGUCUUCAUCAACGACGAGGACGACGCGACGGAGGAGUGCUUCAGGAUACGCGUCAACGCGGAUCCGCGAUGA